AUGAACGUGCGAGAAUUCCUCUCAAAUGACCAGACAUUCAAUGAGCAACUACCCAAGUCGGACCGAGCACGAAUGAGUCAAAUAAAGAAAAUAUUAGGGAUUAAGUGGAAUCCACACAAGGAUCAUAUCCAAAUAACACUAAAUCCAUGGACCGAACAAACAACAACAAAAAGAACUAUUCUACGGUUCAUCGCCUCACAAUACGACCCACUUGGAUUCCUAGUACCACUGAUAGUACCGUUCAAGAUAUUUCUCCAAGAACUCUGGAGAAAAAACAUACAUUGGGAUCAACCCCUCGACAAUCAAUUGAUUGAAACCUGGAACAAUCUUGUGGUAAAAUGCCCAACUCAUAUCAAGGAAAUCCCGCGAUUCACAAUCGAUUUAUCACAACAAAUUACCUUUCAUGUUUUCACCGAUGCAUCUACAGUGGCAUAUGCUGCAGUAGUAUACGCCCAUCAAAAUACGCAUACGUCGUUACUCUUUGCUAAAUCACGAUUAGCACCUAUUAAAGGAAUGACGAUACCAAAGCUAGAAUUACUAGCUAUUCUCAUCGGUGUACGCGCAGCUCAGUUUGUCAUCAAACAAAUGCAAUUAGAAAAUCCAAAGGUAGUGGUAUGGUCUGACUCUCGCUGUGCACUACAUUGGAUACAAAACAACUCUCGCCUCCUACCAAAAUUUAUACAGAAUCGUGUGGAAGAAAUACAAAUGGCGAAAUUCGCAUAUCGGUAUAUCCCAAGCGAACACAAUCCAGCAGACAUUGCUACCAGAGGAACCAUUCCGACUCGUCUAAUAAGUUACGAGCCUUGGUGGAGCGGGCCCACAUGGAUCAAUGGUAAUGAACCGAAUUGGCCUCAUUGGGAAUACGACGUUCCACAAGAAGAGGAUAACGAAGAAGAUAAGAAUAUAGUAGCAACAACAACCACAGAAGAAAUCAUCAAUACAAAUCGAAUCAAUCUCCUGGAGGCAAAACGAUUCAGUAAAUGGACAAAGAUGAUAAGAACAACAGUAAGAGUACUAAAAUUUCUCAAAAAAUUAUCUAAAGGAAAAUUAACCUGGUUAAGCAGCGUAUCAGAAAGGAAUCCGAUUUACACCCGAGGAUUACAAUCUCGCUGCGGAACUACUAAUAAAACAAUCCCAAUCGGAAGGUAUAACAGCAGAAGAAGUGGAAAAGUACAAUCUGCACUAUGCAGACAGGUACUGGAGAUUCCAGAGCAGACUACAAUUGCCGAACGACAGGGAAUACUCAUCCCAAACAAUAUAUCUCCCCAGACACAAUCGAAUAACAGAACUAAUUAUUCAACACCACCACGAAACGACGCAUCAUGGAGGUAUCCCUCAAACUAUUUCCAGAAUAAGAAAGCUUUACUGGAUUCCGAAAGGAAGGGCUGA